AUGCAAUCCGCGCACAUCCGAGCUGUUUUCCUCGUCCGCUCCCUCGUGGCAUGUCCUCCUGGUCUGAGUUUAUGCCGUCGCCUCCCUUCUCCCAUGCUAAGCCCUAGCUCCCCGCCUCUCCUCGACAUCAGAUCGCCCAUCGGUGAUGGCGCUCUCUCCGUGUCCGUUGCGGUGGGCUGGGUCGGGCUGAUCUGGUAUCUUACCGUGCUGGCCGUCUGCGCCUUGGGAUAUUUUCAAAUAUGGAGGUAUUUCUUGCAGCAGCCACGCCGGUCCCGUUUGGCGACUUCGUCCGACGCACCUCAUGUCACGGCGAUUCGGCCUAUCAAGGGCCUUGAGCCGCACCUCUACGACUGUUUGGCUUCCAGCUUUCGACAGGACUACCCGCGCGACAAAUUGACUAUCUGUCUCUGCGUGUCGACGCGCGCCGACCCGGCUUAUCCUACGCUCUGCAAAUUAGUCGCCGACUUCCCGGAGGCCGACGCGCGUGUUUACGUCGAAGAGGAGGAUCCGCUACUGCAAGAAAAUGACACCAAUUCCUACAUGCUGGGGCCGAAUCCCAAGAUUCGCAAUAUGAGUCGGGCAUACCGCGAGGCCAAGGGAGACAUCAUCUGGAUCAUCGACUGCAACGUCUGGGUCGGGAAAGGCGUCUGCGGCCGGAUGGUGGAUCGAUUGAGCGGGACGGGCGCAUCCCCAGGCAAGAAAUACAAGUUUGUCCACCAUCUGCCCGUCGCCGUGGAUGUGACGGGGGAGAACAAUCUGCUGGCCGAACGACAGGCCUUGCUGGAUACCGACCCACACGCCUCGGGCUCGGAGGCGCCAGCGGCAGCAAUGGAGUCCAGCCGACCUGAGGACGGGAUUGAGGCCUCGCUUGCGACGGGAGGCGGUCGUCUCGAAGAGCUGUUUCUCUCCUCGGCGCACGCGAAGAUGUACACGGCGAUCAACACCGUUCUUAUCGCGCCGUGCAUCGUGGGCAAGUCCAACAUGUUCCGGCGCUCGCAUCUCGACUAUCUGACGGGCCCGUCGCCGACCGACCCCCGUCCGCGCCAUCCGGGCAUCGAUUUCUUCUCCGACAACAUCUGCGAAGACCACCUGAUCGGGGAUCUUCUGUGGAGAAAGCAGGUGCGCGAGGAGGCAGAGCGUGGCGAGCGCUGGGGAAAGCACGCCAUGGUCUUCGGGGAUCUGGCGGUCCAGCCUGUCGCCAAUAUGAGCGUGCGGGCAUACAUGGCGCGCCGGGUGCGGUGGUUGCGCGUGCGUAAGUUCACGGUUCUACUCGCCACGCUGGUCGAGCCCGGCACCGAGUCGUUUCUGUGCUCGAUCUACGGGGCCUGGGGCGUCACGGCGGCGCUAGCUCCGGCGCUCGAGCAGCGAGGGAUGAACUUCGGCGCGGUCCUCGGCACCUGGACUGCGUUCUUUGGCUUGUUCGCUCUCAGCAUUCUCUCGUGGAUCGUGGUCGACUGGACCCUGUAUAUCAAACUCCAUUCCGCAAAAACCGUCGAGCUCGACGAGGAUACCCCGUCCUUUGCGCGGCCCCCGUGCCGCCGUUCGUCGCACACCACCCGCCGUCCCUUCCUCCACUGGUUCGCUGCCUGGCUUGGCCGCGAGCUUCUGGCCCUACCCAUUUGGGUCAAGGCCGUCUACGGCGGCGUGACCGUUGUCUGGCGGGACCGCCGCUUCAAGGUCGGCUUUGAUGCCAGAGUGCGCGAAAUCGAGGCUGGUCCCGCGGUCCCUUUAGAGGGCUCGUACUCCACCGAGUCCACAACCAACGGCAUUCCCGUGUCGCCAAAGCGAGUUGGUGGGAAGACGAGCAAAGUGCGACGUGAUUGA